GUGUAAGUAGGCGAAUUGGGACAGAGCCGCAGACUAUUUUUCUGUCAGUACUACAGGAAGUCGCAUGACCACAAAAGAGAAGCAGAGGAAGUUGCUGAAAGUGUAGGAUCUCACCUGAGAACGCCGAUGCAGACACUGACCACAAUAUAGUAGAGCUCGAGAGUUUGUGUGUCAGUUCCGGGUGAACGAGUUUGGGGUACUGGAGGUCAUAACAGAAGAGAUGGAGGAGGAGAGGGGCAAAAAAGCUCACGCCACCACCACGUGGAGCGUCCCAACCGCACAAGAAGCUCUCUCUGAAGGGUCAGUCUUAAAGCAGGAUUCUCCUUGGGGUCAGCGCGGCCUGGUGUGUGUGCGCUGUAACAGGAAGGGCUCUGCGGUGGACUUCCUGCCUGAUGGCCUUCACUGCAGCGAGCGCUGUCUGCAGCAGGAGCAAGAAGAGCUGAAGACAGAAGGCUCCAGAAUGAACGGAGAGCUUCUGUCGAGGAAGAGGACGCGUCUGGAGAGAUCAGCUGAAGACAUGGACAGCUCCAUGGACAUCCCGGAGGAGGAGGACGAGGACUACGAAGAGAAAGAAAGCAGGCGACCAGCCAGAGGAGCGACACGAGGACGCAAGAAACGCAGAGGAGACGCAGCACUGCUCCGAUACACGGUGCCGUAUGGAGGCAAGAAGAAGGCCUGGUGCUGGGCCUCGUACCUGGAGCAGGAGAGAGCCAUCGCUGCACCCAGCAAACUCUUCAAAGAGUAUCAGUGUUUUCCGCAGUGUAAGAAUGGCUUCAGGGUGGGUAUGAGGCUGGAGGGCAUCGACCCCGAACACCCGUCCAUGUACUGCGUCCUGACCAUCGCUGAGGUGUCAGGGCAUCGAAUCAGACUCCACUUUGAUCACUUUUCUGACUGCUAUGACUUCUGGGUAAACUCCAACUCUCCCGACAUUCACCCUGUGGGCUGGUGUGAGAAAACCGGACACAAGUUACACCCACCGAAAGGGAUGAAGGAUGAAGAGUUCAGCUGGUCCUCCUACAUCAAGCUCAAUAAAAUCCAGACGGCACCCAAAGCCCUGUUUCACAACCAGAACAUGACGGUGACUCCAUCAGGUUUCAGGGUUGGCAUGAAGCUGGAGGCCGUCUGCAGGAAAGAUCCUACUUUCAUCUGCGUCGCCACGGUUACGGACAUGGUGGACAGCCGCUUCCUGGUGCACUUUGACAACUGGGAGGAAAGUUACGACUACUGGUGUGAUGCCACCAGUCCUUAUAUUCACCCAGUUGGCUGGUGUCAGGAGAACGGCAGGACCCUCAGCACCCCUCCAGGAUACCCCGAUGCGAACAACUUCUCCUGGGAGAAAUACUUGGCCGAGACCAGCUCAUUACCAGCUCCUGCUCGAGCCUUCAAAGUGAAACCUCCUCAUGGUUUUCAGGUGAACAUGAAGCUAGAGGUGGUCGACAAGAGGAACCCUGUUCUGAUCCGCGUCGCCACAGUAGCUGAUACAGACGAUCAUAGACUCUGGAUCCAUUUUGAUGGCUGGACAGAUGAAUAUGAUUACUGGAUCGAUGCAGACAGUCCAGACGUUCAUCCAGCUGGCUGGUGCGCCAAAACCGGACAUCCUCUGCAGCCUCCAAUCACUUGGUUUAUGGAGUCAGCUUCUGAAUGACAGCUAUGUUCCUGGUGGUUUCCUGAAGGAUUAAAGCUGGACGGAGAGAAGCAGUUAUGUGGGAAUAAAUGACGUGUGAACGGUCUGACUCUCAUCGAUAUCCUCUGUUAACUGCAGAGGAAGCUGGGAAACGCUGUUGAACAAUGAGCUUUUCUUCAGUCAGUCUUGCUGAUAAUCUUCCUCUGGUGCUGCUUCUCCUCCGCGGUGUCCAUGGAAACGGAUCGGAGCAUGUUUAGAAAUCAGCAACUGGCAUCAGGAUGUGACCGACUUACAGAGAGAGAGAGAGAGAUUGUAUACUCUGAGUCUAUAUAUUCUCUGCAUAUCAGUCUGUUUCUGAGUCUAUAUAUACAUCUAUAAAGAAUGCAUUAUUUCUCUUUAUGAA